CGAUACUCUUCAUUGACAUAAAUAAAUAUAGACUGCGCAUAUACAUGCCGCUAUUUUAAUCUGUAUUUUCUAAACUUGAAAGUAAAUAUUUUAUGUAUAUAUUUUAUAUAUAUUUAAGAGAUUUUUGAAGAGAAAAAAAGAAAGAAGAUACACAAGGAAUACAGCAAAAGGUGUAAUGGAAUGACCGGAGUGUCAUCUUGUCACUGCUCGUUUGACAUAUAUAUAUGUCAUAUGUAUUAUAUGCGCAGAAAUCUCUCUUUUGCGUUCGUUAUAUAUUAUUUAAUUUGAUUGGCAGUGUUUUGCUGCGCAUGUGUUGAUGUAUUUCUCUCACAAGAACGCAUGAUUGGCAUUCCGUUUAAAAUUGAGAGAAGGUUAUUAUGGAUUGAGUCUUCUACGCGUUAUUGAAAGUUCGUCAACAAACAUACUCAAUUUCCUUCGAGUUUGACAUCCGCCGAUCAUAUCGCCCGUGCUUGGAUAGCUGUUAUCAAUUCUUUGUCACAGUGGAAAAAUGGUAAAUUCUAAUAUUUAUUGCGUCUGUUGUAAACAAUUGUCCAAUGACAAACACAAAGAUAUAUUCGAUGACAAAUUAUUGAUCAAGUCAAAGGAAAAUAAUACGAAUGAGGAAUUUGAUAAAUAUAUGAUAUUGAAAGACGCUAUCGAAUUAAUUACUGGCUAUACGAUAUCAAAGAUAGAUGAUGCAGUUUUGUGCAAAAUGUGUUUUCAAAAGGUAGAUUCUUAUAUAAAAUUUCGAUCUCAACUUAUCGCAUCAUUUGAAAGAGCCAGUGAUACCCAAGUUUCAGAUCUUAUUUUGCCAAGUUCCAAAAAUAUGAAAAUUACAGAAACUUUAAAAACACAAAUUUCUGACACAGGAUUAGAAGCUUUCAAGGAGAAAAUAACAAAUAUGUGUGAGAAUAAUAUUCUUACAAAAUGCAGCGAUUUAUCAAGCAGCGGAUCUGAAAUGAAUGAUUCCUUAUGUUACUCUAAUGUACUGCCAAAUUUUCAAUCUUUUGCUGACAACAUUUCUGAUUCCAUUGAUGGUUUUGAUGAUAAUUCAAAUAUUGAUAUAUCUUAUCCAAAGAUCCAGAAAAGCGAUAUAGAAUCAGAUGUAAAUGUGUUUUCUGGCGAAGACAACAACGGAAUAAUAGAAUUAGCUAUCCAAUAUAAACAUAAUGAUCCUAUCAAUACUAGUUUAACUGAAUCCGAGGAAGAUUACGAUUAUGGACCAAAUGUAAAAAAAUGUAAGAUUUUAAGUUUUUAAUCAAAUUCUAUUUCUUAAUUCUUGCUUUAAAUUA